UGCUACAAGUCAAUUGUAUGGUAAUAAUACGCAAGUGGAAACGGAAACGAAGAUAUUUUAAACUGAUUAUUUAUUAAUAACAGUUUUACUCAGUUCCAAAUUAAUUACGUUUUGGGACAAUUGUUUCGUACAGUUCAGUUAAUAAGUAGUAAUGAAAUUUUUAACACUUUUUAUUUUUUUAAUAACUCUCUUCAAUUGUGACUGUGAAGUUUUAAAUUUACCCGCACAUUUGAAAAUAGGGGUUGCUACUUCUUCAUAUCAGAUCGAAGGAGGAUGGGAUGCAAACGGAAAAGGUGAAAGUAUUUGGGACCGUUAUACGCACAUAAAGCCCAGUCUGAUUAUCGACAAUUCGACUGGUGACGUCGCCUGCGAUUCCUACAACAAAUGGAGAACGGACAUCGAAAUGGUGAAGCAUUUAGGUGUCGACUUCUAUCGAUUUUCUCUCUCCUGGCCUAGGAUACUUCCUUCAGGAUUUAGUAACACGAUUAACCCAGACGGUGUUCGCUACUAUAAUGAUAUUAUAAACGAAUUAAUAAAGAACAGAAUCGAGCCUUUAGUCACCCUUUAUCAUUGGGAUUUGCCGCAACCGCUCCAAGAUAUUGGCGGAUUUCCUAAUCCUAUAUUAGCUGACUAUUUUCAGGAUUAUGCCAAGGUUGCUUUUGAGUUGUUUGGAGACCGCGUGAAAAGAUGGAUUACAUUCAACGAGCCACCGUCUAUAUGUGUUGAAAGUUUCGAAGAUGCAAACACCACUGCGGCUAAAGCGCCGGGUUUUCAAUCACAUGGUAUUGGAUGUUAUCUAUGCGGAAAGACGUUGUUGAUGGCACAUGCAAAAACAUACCAUUUAUAUGAUAAAAUGUUCCGACCCCAACAGGAAGGUAAAAUAGGAAUUUCAGUUAAUUCGCCUUGGUACGAACCACAAACAGAUUCCAUAGACGAUAAAAUAGCUGCUGAAAGGGCCAUCCAAAUGAACUACGGUUGGUGGGUCCACCCCAUUUUAUCGACAACGGGAGGCUAUCCCCCUUUAAUGCAGGAAAGGAUUGAUGCGUUAAGUAAAGCUCAGAAUUUUUCCCGUUCACGAUUGCCUCCUUUAAGCGAAAAGGAAAAAAGGAUCAUAAAAGGAACUGCCGAUUUCCUGGGACUCAAUCAUUACAGUAGCACAUACGUGACGUCAGGCAUUACACCACCCAAAAAUCCUCCGUCCUUUAAGGAAGACGUUGGAGUCAAUAUACGUUAUGGAGGAAGUGCUACAGGAUUCAGAAAAUUACUAAAUUGGAUUAAGGAGAUGUACAAAAAUCCGUUAAUUUACGUUACAGAAAAUGGGGUCGCAGAUAAGGGGAGUGCUCUAAAUGACACUAACCGAAUUACAUUUUUAAGGAAUUAUAUGGUACAAUUGUUGAAAGCUAUAGAAGAUGGGGUCAAUGUCGAAAGGUAUACAAUAUGGAGCCUCAUGGACAAUAUGGAAUGGAGUCUUGGCUACACAAUAAAAAUGGGACUGUAUCAUGUCGAUUUUUCUGACCCUGGAAGAACACGUACAGCGAAAUCGUCCGUUGAAUUUGUAAGAAAUAUCACGAAAAACCGAAGAAUUGUGUACGAGAAUGAAAAUGUAGAAAAUGAAAACAAUAGGGACAAUUUAUUUACAUUUCCUAUACACUUAGUUCAAUAAAAUUAGUUGUGCAAUUGUAUAACUUAUGUAGAAUCACUUUUGAAUAGACCAUAAA